AUGAAGAUUUUACUGCUGAGUGCUGUACUGGGGUUGAACUGGAGGCUCCGGGUUAGAGCAGAAGUUGGCACCCAGCCAAACUUUGAUUCGAGCAAGUUCUCCGGGAUGUGGAACAUCAUUGUAAUGGGAUCAAAUGACAAGGUAUUCCUGUCCAAGAAGGAUUCCAUGAAGAUGGCUACUGCUAUCGUAGCACCCGCUUCCAAUGGUGACCUGAACAUCAAGUUUGGUUUCCCCAAUCCUGAAGGAGGAUGCCAAAUCAUGGACUCAGUCUUCGUCAAAGGGGCGGUGCCUGGGCAGUUCAGCGAUGCCGACUUUAACCAGAAGAAAAUCCAUGUGGUCAAGACUGACUACAAACGCUACGCUAUCCUGUACAUGCAGGUGGAAAGGGAUGGUGUGACCAGCAACAUGCUGCAGCUUUACACCCGAGGCAAGGACCUGGUUGCAGAAGCUGUCCUGAAAAUGCAGAUGAUGGGGCCCAAACUGAAGCUCUAUCCUCAUCAGGGACGCUUGCUCCCCAAGACAGUGAUGGUCACCUUCAUCUCUCUCCUGGAAACCGCUGAUGGAUCCUGCCAGAAUCAACCCUGGCUUCUCUCCUCGUCUCCUUCUGGAUCUCCGCCCCCUCCCCAGCCCAGUUCUCUCCCACCCCGGGGUUUGGGAUCCUGCCUGCUUUCUUUUGGAAUUGCCCUCUCAAGGGGAAAUAAACCCAGGCUCGAAGCUCCUCACUGGACUCUGGAUCAUUUUGGGGAAUGUCCCCUUCAGAAGUGGGGAGCAUUAGUGAGGAUUUAUAAUUUUGAAAUUACAGCCAUGUGUACGGUACAGAUAACUGGGAAGAUGAAGCUUGUGUUGUUGAGUGCUGUUCUGGGGCUGGUCUGGGGUCUCCGGGCCCAGGCAGAGGUCCCUGUGCAACCUGGACUUGAUGUGAAACAGUAUUCAGGGUACUGGUACUUGGUGGCCGUGGUAUCAGACGAAAAGCACUUUCUGAGCACCAAGGACAUGCUGAAGAUGUCAAUUGCUGUCAUCAAGGCUCUGGAUGGUGGGAACCUGAAUAUCAAAAUGAGUUUACUUGGGCCAGAAGGAUGUAAAAAAAUGGAGGCGACCUUAAUCAAGGAGUCCCAAGACGGUCAUUACUCGAAUCUCGCCCUGGCCCAGAAGGACGUGAGGGUAGUAGCGACUGACUAUGUGAACUUCAGUAUUCUCUAUGCUUUCAGCGAUGUGAAAGGCAUUACCAGCACCAAUAUCCAACUGUACAGUCGGACGCAAGAUGUGAGCCCCGAAGGUCUGAAGAAAUUCAAAGAAUUCUACCCCACCGUGGGGCUCAGCGAUGACAUGAUGGUCAUGCUUCCCAAAUCAGAUGCUUGUGGCAAAGAACUUUUAGAGUGACAGCAGAUCAUCUGUGCCCCAGGGAGACUCUCCUACACCAGGACCAGAGAACCAGACACCCAGCUUGGCUUCUGCUCCCCACACAGCUCUCCAUCCUGUUUCAUAGGUCUGGGGACACUUUGGGCCUCCCUGCUUUCCUCUUUUUUGUGCUCAAUAAAUAGAUUCAAUGCC